GACCUGCGUACGCGUCGGAAGUCGCUUCGCGCGCGCGCGCGUUCGCUCUCAUGCAUCCUAAAAAUUUAUUUGCUUGAUUAAUGUUUUUUUAAAUAUUUAUAUUUUUAACGAUCGAUCAAUCCGUUAACGAAGUGCCUUUUAUUCAUGCAGAGGAUGUAUUAUACGAAGCGGUGAUAUUUGUGGUGCCUGUUAAAAAAAUUUCAGUUACAAUGAGCGGGAGGGAAGGCGGAAAUGCAGUUCCCUCUUCCAGUGUCGAGGGCGCAAGCGGCAGCGGCAGCGGCGUGACAGGGGUGAAGCGGCGCGGGCGAUGCAAGUGGUUCAACGUGGCGAAGGGAUGGGGGUUCAUUACCCCCGACGACGGCGGCCAAGAUGUUUUCGUUCACCAGAGUGUGCUACAAAUGCCAGGGUUCAGGUCUCUUGGUGAUGAGGAAGUAGAGUUUGAGUGCAAGGAGUCAGAUAAGGGCCUGGAAGCGACACGUGUUACAGGUCCCAAUGGAACCGAUUGUCAUGGUUCCGAUCGACGACCCUUGUCUAAGAUCAGAUUCAGGAAGAUACGUUGCUACAACUGUGGGGAGUUCGCUAAUCACAUAGCGGCAAAGUGUAGCAUUGGGCCACAACCAAAGAGAUGUCACAACUGCAAAAGUGAAGACCACCUCGUUGCUGACUGCCCGAUAAAGGUCGAAAAGAAAAAGGAUGAACAACAAAUGGCUCCGGGCAGCUCCCAAGGAGGAAGCCCACAACAACAAGCGUAACUUUCUGAAAUUUCGAAGCACCACCACCUAUACGCAAAGACGCAAAUACUUACAAAUUAGCUUUAUGAGCGGCAUUUAUGUUAUAGAAUUUUUGUUGAAUAAUUUGAGAACUAAAUUACACUAAAUUUCAUAUCUACUUUUAUUGUCUACAAACACAAAUUCAUCAUAAAUAUCUAUCUGCUCUAGUCUGAGAUAAACAAAUAAAACAAUAUUGAAUUGUUAUCUGAAAUUUAUGCUACGAACAGAAUCACACAGCAGAAUUUUACUAGAGUUAGAUUACAAAAACAAUAACUGCUCAGUGGAUUUGUGAUGAAUUUGUGUUUAAAUAUUACGCGAUCACUGUAUAUUGGUUUAAAUUUUGUUAAACAUUCAGUCUCAAAUUAUAUUUUUUGUGCAAUCUCCGAACUCACCUACCUCAUUCUGCUUUCAGUGCUAAAUAUGACAAAACAGAAGACUGAUCAGUACAAAUCCAUAGUAUAGAACAAGUUUAACUACUUAUUAUACCUACCUAAUAAUUUUAAUGUUAGUAGCAUUAUGAGCUAAGUUUGCAAAAAUGUAACGUUAAAGUACAAAUCUUAUGUGUUCGAGUGUGAAUGUCUUAAUUAUUUUACAUAUAUUUGGUAUAUACCCAAAGUUAAGUGUGUGUUUAUAUUAUCGUUGUUGCCACAUUCUAUUUUAAUAAACUUUAUGUAAUGUUUUAGUUUAUAAUCAUAGUUUAGUGAAAAGUAUUAAAGCUGGCUAUGAUGGAAAAGGAGAAGCUUAAAUAUUUCAAGCAAUGGAUGCCAUUUAUAACGAUUGCCAACCGAUAUAUCCGUUUUGAAGGUUCUUGUAAACAGUGUGCGUACACAUGAAACUAACCAACAUUCUUUGGAUACUGUGGAUGUUUCAAUUCAUUGUGUUAUCACAAUUUUUGUGUGUUAAUGUGCCAAAGUAAAAUCAAUGUUGAUGCAAUACUACUAAAGUAUAUUUAUGUAAAUUUGUUUAAGUCUAGUUCAAAAAAACGUCAUAAAUUUAGAAUAUUGACUUGCCGCCUUAAGCAUCAUGUUCGAAUACUUUUACAAAUAGUUUUAAGUCUUGCUUAAUCGAGAUGAAUCUUCGUUUUAUUACCAGUGCACAGUAACUUCCAAUUGCUCAAAGCUUUAUCAUAAGUGUUUCGAUCGAGUAGGUACUUACGACCUACAGUGAAAGGUUUGAAACUCACCUUAUUAUAUUUGAAACUUACCUAAGUUUAGUGUUCAGCAUACUCUUAUAAAUUCAAAAUUAUAAUGGGUGCAAGAUUAUCCAAAGAUAUCAUCGUGCAUACAAAUUCUGUCUCGAAAUUUGAUACAUUUAGAACAGGUUUGAUACAUUUAGAAAAGAGGAUUAAAUAAUACAUUUUAAAACGAUAGAAAGAUUUUACCUUUAAGUUAUUGCUUACUAAAUAUUUGGAGACUGAGCAAGCGCUUAUUUUGUUUUUCUUUUUAAUUUUAAUUUAAAAAUGUUAAAUAUAAGUUUUCGUCUAGAACCAUUUACGUAAUACUUAGGUAUGUACACCAUAUCAAUGUUAAAAAUGUCGGUUUUAAUAUUAUCCCUCACCGUUUUUUACGCAUAAUAUUAUUAUAGUAGUUUAUACCAGAAUUGAAUCACAUGUUAAGGUACAUGUUAGUGUUAAUCUACCUCAAAUAGCGUUAAUCUUACGUAGACAUUUAAGUUAAGAAUAUUAUCGUGUUCGUAACAAAUAGAUGUUAAACUUACCACCGAUAAGCCCUCGUAGCUUCAUUAGUAGCCAUGUAAGUAAUCCAGCCCACUGUUUUUGUGCUAUAAAGAUAGGAUGCAAUAGCUAAUAUUCACUAAUGCCUCGCGGUUUCAUCAGCUUUGAAUUCGUUAUUGUAAAAUAGUGGAACAUUGUCCAUUUUCCCAUAGUAAAAAAAUUAUCUUGUGUCAUAUAGUUCAAAAGUAUCUCUUUGUGAAAAAUCAUGUCCAUUCAUAAUUGCGUGGCUGAGUGAAAGAAAGACGUACAAACAACAUUUUAACAUGGACUAACUAUAUUGUUGUAGUUACAAAAGUUGCAAUCGGGAGUUUCCAGUCAUUUGAUCAUGAAAUCACGUAAUACAAAUUUAAUACAAGAUUCAGUUAAUUUGUCUAUGUAUUCUUUAACAAUAGUUUUUCAUUUUUAAAUAUUAAAUCAUGAGGUUUCUGUACAACAAUAAAAUGUUCAUCGAGCAACGACGGAAUGUUUCUUCAUAAAAUUUAAGAAUCCCAUAAUAAAAAGGCAGUUUCGUAAUACUUUAACAUAAUAUUUUAGAUUUAAAACUUUACGGGUCUUUAUGUUCAUUUUAUACGUAGUUAUGUAAUUUUAUGUAAUAUUUAAGAGAAAGACUAUAUGAAAACAUCUACCUCAAACUUUAUGUGGUUAAAUUUAGAAUUAAUCGAUAAGUAAAUUUACAUUAUAGAUUUUUAGCAAUUAUAUUUCCAUCUUUACUGAAGGACGAAUUUCAUACAUUUCUUAGAGUUUAAAUUUUGUUUUCCUUUUAUUAAUCAAAGAAAA